AUGUGCGAAGCUCGAGAGGUGUUCUGCCGGCGCGCUCACUGCCGCGGCGUGAUCGGGUGGCACAUACUACGCCCGUGCGAGACCGCGUACGCCACGCUCAUCACUCUCGAUGACGCCGUCGCCAUCGGGUGCGGCGGCGGCGGCUCUGGGCUCGAAGGCAAUGUCGGCUCCGGCGGCGGCAGCGGGAGCAGCAGCGCCACGCGGUGGAACUGGGCCGCGUUCACGAGCGGGUGCAAGGUGCCCAAGGUGGUGAGCCGGCGGCGGUGCGAGACGACGUGCUGCGUGGCGUGCGUGCGGAGGGCCAUGGACGACGUGCCCGCCGAGAUCGACGGCUGCGACGAUGAUGACGGCGCCGCCGUGGGAAAGAACACAGGGGGUCCUGGACGGAGCUUACUCGCGAGGAGGGUGACGACGGCGUGGGAGAAGGGUCGGGAUCUGCUCUGGGAGGUGGGCUGGCGGGAGAGUCGACGCUGGCCGCUGGAGGCGGAGAGACUGACGUUUGUCGAGCAAAAGGACGCCUUAAGUCCAACCAAGGAGCUCAUGGACGCUCUGCUACACCCGUUCGACGACGACGACGACGAGGGCGCGGCGACGGAGCAUUGGCAGCAUUGGCAGCAGCAUCAGCAGCAAACCGACACGGCAGACGUCGCGCCGAUGCGGCCGCCGCCGUACAUGCCGCCGAGCACACAACAAGUCGCCGGCUAUGUCUCGCCGUCAGUGUUCCUCACCGAAGAGUUCCAGCCUGACCUCGCCACCUUUGCGUUUGGCCCCUGGGCGCCGACGCUGGGCCACGCGGGCGAAGUCGUGGAGGGCUUCUUCCUCGACAGCAACAACACGACGGCGGCCCAACCUGGGUAUGAUGCAAACGCAAACGCAAACGACGGCGGCUAUGCCGAGAUGCAGCUGCCGUUUGAUGGCUUCGUGCCUGGACAGGGCGAGGAGGAGCUAUGGAACGCGCUGCUCGUCGGCGGCGGCGGCGCUCCAGACUGGGGGCAGGAGGACGCUCAGGGGACGACGACCAACGAACUGAGGCGUCAACGGCACGACGCGGACGAAGACGACGAGCGCAGAAAGAGACAGCGCCUCGUGUGA